GACUUUCCCGGGGUCGCAUGGACAGGAUUCGAUCUCCGCGUCUUCGAGUCCAGAUCCAGCGCUCUUUCCGCUCCUCACCCUUAGCCUUGCUUCAGGCGGGGCAAGGGUGCCCGGUGACCAGGGGGGAGGUGGAAGUGCUGCCUCCGGGUCCCGGCUCGGGGCUGCGGUGAGCGGGGCUGUCCGAGCCCUCUUCCCUCGUUACCCACCUGUGCGAUCCCGGACGAGCGACCCAAACUCUCCAGCCUCCGUUGCUGCCCCUGUGAAAAGGGCUGAUAGUUCCUGUGCAAGCUCCCCUUCAGGGCCUGUGAAACAUGGAACCAAACUCGCUGAGGACUAAAGUUCCAGCAUUUUUAUCUGAUUUGGGAAAAGCUACCUUGCGGGGGAUCAGGAAGUGUCCCCGGUGUGGCACAUAUAAUGGAACCCGAGGACUGAGUUGUAAGAACAAAACAUGUGGAACCAUCUUUCGCUAUGGAGCACGAAAGCAGCCCAGCAUUGAAGCUGUCAAAAUAAUCACAGGAUCUGAUCUGCAUAUCUACUCAGUACGGCAGAGAGACAGGGGUCCAGAUUACCGAUGUUUUGUGGAGCUGGGUGUCUCAGAGACGACAAUUCAGACAGUGGAUGGUACCAUCAUUAGCCAGCUGAGCUCAGGACGAUGUUAUGUCCCCUCAUGUUUAAAAGCAGCCACUCAAGGUGUUGUUGAAAAUCAGUGUCAGCAUAUCAAGCUGGCCAUAAACUGCCAGGCAGAGGCCACACCUUUGACCUUGAAAAGUUCAGUCUUGAACUCAAUGCAGGCCUCCCCAGAAACCAAACAAACCAUCUGGCAGUUGGCCACAGAACCUACUGGCCCAUUGGUACAGAGGAUUACUAAAAACAUUUUAGUGGUAAAAUGCAAGGCCAGCCAGAAGCACAGCUUAGGGUAUUUGCAUGCAUCCUUUGUGCAGAAAAUCAGUGCCAAGAGCAUGACAGAGCGCCGGUUCUUCUGUUCCUGCCAGACUCUGAAAUCAAACAAGUCAAACACCUCCAAGGAUGAGCUGGCCCAGAGAUGCAUUCACUUCUUUGCAUGCAUCUGUGCCUUUGCCAGUGACGAGACGUUGGCUCAGGAAUUCUCUGACUUUCUCAGUUUUGAUUCCAAUGGUCUUAAAGGGAUUAUUGUGCCCCAGUUAGGUUGUCAUUCAGAAUCUACAGCACAGAUUUGCGAGUCCACCACCUCUAAGCCAAAGAAGAGGAAAAGGGAUGAAGCAUCUGGUACACAAGCCAAUAGUCCACUUUUGGCUCAAGAUGCAGUGAGCAAUAAUCUAAGAAAAAACAGUUUGAAAAAGCCUGCAGUCACCUCUUCAAUAAAAAGGCAGGCCUGCAAUCAGCUGCUAGAUGAAUCACAAGUGACUUUAUCCUUCCAAGAUUGGCUGGCCAGUGUCACAGAACGCAUCCACCAAACUAUGCAUUAUCAGUUUGAUGGCAAACCAGAGCCAUUGGUGUUCCACAUUCCCCAGUCCUUCUUUGAUGCCCUACAACAGAGGAUCUCUGUUGGAAGUGCAAAGAAAAGGCUCCCCAACUCCACUACAGCUUUUGUGCGAAAAGAUGCCUUGCCGCUGGGGACCUUCUCUAAAUACACCUGGCACAUCACAAAUAUCCUGCAGGUUAAGCAAAUCUUAGACACCCCAGAGAUGCCCUUGGAAAUCACCCGGAGCUUUAUCCAGAACCGGGAUGGGACUUAUGAGUUGUUUAAGUGUCCCAAAGUGGAAGUAGAGAACAUAGCAGAAACUUAUGGUCGUUUAGAGAAACAGCCAGUGCUCCGACCUUUGGAACUGAAAACUUUUCUGAAAGUUGGCAACACCUCUCCAGAUCAGAAGGAGCCAACACCUUUCAUCAUUGAAUGGAUUCCAGAUAUUUUGCCCCAGUCCAAGAUUGGUGAGCUGAGAAUCAAGUUUGAAUAUGGCCACCAUCGGAAUGGACAUCCAGCUGAAUACCAGGAACAGCGGCCCCCAUUAGACCAGACCUUAGAGUUGACACCUUUGACUACCAUCACUUUUCCAUGAAGCAAAAGAACCUUUUGCUGCUGAGUUUGCACAUCCCCACUCCUUGGCAAUUUCAGAUACUCCUUAGGCACUUAGACAUUGACAGUUUCCUUAGCAAACUGCUUUUUGAUAGGAUGCUGUUUUCCAAAGCAUCCAAGUGGGUUAUGUUGAAGAAAAAUCUCUUCUUGUAAAUAGCAUGUUUUGGUGCUGCUCUGUGUGCUCUUUAGAUGAAUUGUGCUGUAUUUCUGCUGGGGUUUAAGUAUGGGGAGGAGAAACCUUCCCUUAUCUGGCCAUUUCCUUUAGAGCUUAUUUCUAUCUUUUUUUUCUUAACACUUUUAAGAAAUCAGUUAGCUAAAACUCAGAUCUUAACAGAUUUCAGAGAGUGUUGGAAAGAUAAUACCCUAGUUAGGACAAAUGUAUUAUCAUUUUGAGCAUAAUGGCACAGCUCCAGUUAUGUUUUUUGUUCUUUUCUUAAAAUAAAGCACACUGUCACCCCUUUUCAAGAUGAUAUUUUAUAUUGGUCCAUUUACAAAAUAAGAAACCUUCCCUUGGGUGGAGCUGAUAGUGAAAUAAGGAAAGGAAACAUAGGUUUUAGGAUUUCUAACCAAUACUUAUAAAACUUCAUGCCCUUAAUAUUAGAUUUAUUUUUUCCUCUGUACCCCAACAUGUUAUUAGCCAGUAAAAAGCAGUUCUUGUC